UGUUAGAUACGUCUAACUUCGACGCCAUAUUUGUUUUCUCCGUCCAGAAGAUAUCUCCUUCUUUGGACAAAGUUUCUUUAAUGCUGAGAAACUUGAAGGACAAAAGACAGGAAAGUGUUCAGAUAGAUAGCUAAUGGGUAAUCACUGUUGAUAGCCUGAUUUUAAUAUCAGCUGCACUAGUAUUAUUGCAGAAAUUUGAUUUGAACUUUGAAACAUUUGCCUCUUUAGCACCUGCAAACAGUGAAAAAUGGCUUCAGAUCUUGAGCUUGGCGACUCUCGGGUCGAGUUCAUCGCAGACUAUGUAUUGAAAACAAUGAAACUGAAGCCAGAUAAGUGGAUGAAGAUGUACAACCAAGAAGAGUACAAAUUGAUGAUACUAGAGUAUUUUGACAAGACAGACGUCCAGAAUCUUAUACUUCUUGUAAACUCUGCUGGAGUGAUAACUCCACAGUACGAAUGGCCGACAAAUUUUAAGGGGAAGGCAUGUUAUUUUGUGAAGAAGGGAACUGGUGCUAUCAACAAAGACAAUCCAGUAAGGAAUGCAACUGUCUACGGUGACCUGUCUCAUUCUCCACUGGACCAACUGUCUGCGUUUGUUGAUGAGAUCCUUGUGCCUUUACUGUCAAAUGAACAAAACCAUGACCAGUGGCCUCAGGUUGUGUCUGCUGAUGUAAAGAGGCAUGUCCACAAUCUUAAAAGCAACGUCUAUGUGGUAGCAGGACAGGUGAAGGGGAAAACUCUACUGCCUCUACCUGUAGGCUCUACCAGAGUGGAAGAAGCUGCUCAGGAAGAAGCAAAAGGUGAUACAUAUGACAGAAAUCUAGUACAUGCCAUUGAAUCUGUUAUCAUCGAGUGGACACAUCAGAUCCGUGAUGUACUGAAGAAGGAUUCUGCUCAGCCACUCCUUGAGGGUUUGAAUCCAACACCUAGUGUGGAAAUUGAAUUCUGGAAGGCAAAGGUGGCUAAUCUUGAAUGCAUCUUUGAUCAGCUCCGGGAUCCCAAAGUGCGCAAAAUGGCUGAACUUUUAGAAAAGACAAACAGCAGCUAUUUCCCAUCUUUCAAGAAUCUGUUCAGAGAUGUGGUUGCAGCCCUAACUGAGGCCCAAGACAUCAACAUGUAUUUGAAGCCCCUGAGGAACCAUGUAGAUGACAUUGAAGGUGCAGAUUUCUGUGAUGUAAAGCCACUGCUGCCACCCCUGAUGCAUGUCAUCUGUCUGAUCUGGUCAAACUCACAGUUCUAUAAUACCCCAGCCAGAAUCAUUGUGGUCUUACAAGAAGUUUGCAACACUCUGAUCAAUUCCGCCCGCAACUACCUUGAUCCCACAGAGAUAUUCAAGGGUGAGGUAGAGGAGACCAUUGAGAAAGUCCGUGAAACAGUAGAAAUCCUCAAGUACUUCCAAGUCACAUAUGAAGAACACAAGGCAAAGUUGAAAGAUUACUUCAAGAAUGGAGACCCCAAAGAGUGGGAGUUUGCACCUCAGCUUGUCUUCUCACGCUAUGAUACCUUUGUGCAGAGAGUGGAAACUGUUAGGGACUUGUUUGAAACUGCACUGGAGUUCAUGAAGCUAGAGAAAAUUGAACUUGGGGGCAUCAAGGGCAGAAGUCUUAGUGCACAAGUCGUCCAGAUCUUUGAUGAAUUCAAUGAAUUAUACAAGAUGUUCAGUGAAAGGGCAUAUGAUGCCCUGGAUCCCGUGGAUACGGAAUUUACUGAAGAUUACAAGAAUUUCCAAGCAAAGAUAGAGGACCUUGAUCGUAGAUUGGGUGCCAUUAUUUGCCAGGCCUUUGACGAUUGCUCAGGAUUGGAAUCUGCUUUGAAGCUGGUUGACAUAUUUGGAUCACUUUUGGAAAGGCCAAUCAUCAAAGAGAUCUUUGAUCCAAGCUAUCCAAAGCUGAUUGUGAUGAUGGAUGAAGAUCUGGACACGGCCAAAUCCAUCUAUGACCUUCAGAUGCAGGUUGUCCAGCAGACAGGAAAGGCUAUCUCACAUAAGAAUAUGCCAAAGGUCACUGGUGGGCUGAAAUGGGCAACUGAGCUCCGAGAGCGUAUCAGUGCUCCCAUGGAGAACUUCUCACAUAUUGAACACCCAUGUAUGGAAGGCGAGGCUGCAAAGAAGAUGAAAACAAAAUAUGAACAGAUGUUGGCUCUGCUUGAGAAAUUUGAGAAGCAAAUGUAUGAUGAAUGGACUGCUGGUGUUAAUGAAGCUUGUUCCUUCAACCUGGCACAACCCUUGCUUACAAGGAAUGAAGAAACUAAACUGAUUGCUGUUAAUUUUGAUCCACAGCUUGUGGCAGUGCUUCGAGAAGUGAAGUACCUUGAAAUUAAAGGCCAAGAGGAUAUACCAGAAGCUGCAUCUGGGCUUUAUCAAAGAAAUGAAACAUAUCGCCAGUUCAAUGGCAAUUUGGACUUGACUGUGCAGUGGUAUAAUAAAGUUAGAGAGACAAUCCUUGAAGUGGAGUACCCACUUAUUGAAGGGCAGCUGGCAGAUAUAGACAAGCAGCUAGAAAAGGCAGAGAAAGAUCUGAAUUGGGAAGAAAAAGGUGCAUGGGAUUAUAUUGUGGAGACAAGAGACUUGGUGCAGGAUUUGGAACAGAGGGUUCAGAAGGCAAAGAACAAUGUGGAAGAGAUUCAAAAACUUAUGGCUACUUGGAGCAACACUCCUCUGUUUGAGAGGUUAGAGGGCAAACAUGAAUCUUUGCUCAACCUCAAUGAUAAAGAAGACAGGCUGAAGAAGAGGUAUAAUGAAAUCAAGACCACUGGAGAAAAGAUCCAUGGUUUAGUGCAGCAAAACUUGGAGUUUUUCAAGGCAGAUGCAGAGUCUGACAUAUGGAAAGCAUAUGUAGAUUAUGUGGAUGAAAUGGCUGUCGAUGGGUUUUUCAACACCAUCCACUGCAGCUUGAACUUUUUCUUGGAUUGCACAGAUCCCAAGAAGCCAUCUAGUCCUCUGUUUGAGGCUCUGAUGGAGCUGCAGGUGCCUGAUAUGGUGUUUAAUCCUUCUCUGGAUUACGGUGUGGCUGAUGGUUUCUAUGACUUGGUGGAUGGACUAGUGGGAGAUAUUUACAAGCAGGCUUCUCUUAUUGGGAGGUUAGCUGCCCACAGUGGACAGGAGCACUACCAGCCUGAUUUAGAAGAAAUGGAUGAGCUGUCUGAGAUGAGACAAGAGUUGAUGGACAGAGUACAGACUGUUAUGAACAAGGCCUGUGAAUACAGAAACAGCUUUGAUAACUAUGCCUAUCUGUGGGUAGAUGACCGCAAUGAAUUUAUGAGGCAGUUCUUGCUGUAUGGUCAUGUACUGACUGCAGAAGAGAUUGAAGCCCAUGCUGAUGAUGGUGUGCCUGAAAAUCCACCAACGUUAGAUCAGUUCAAAGAACAGGUGGACACCUAUGAAAAGAUCUAUGAGGAAGUGGAACAGUUUGAUGGUACAGUUAUGGUAGACCACUGGUUCCGUGUCAACUCUAAACCCUUUCGCCAGUCCUUGCUCAACAUCAUUAAGAGGUGGAGCUUCAUGUUCAAGCAGCAUCUCAUUGAUCAUGUCACCAAUAGCCUCAAUGAGCUGGCCGAGUUCAUCAAGGUGGCUGACAGUGGUCUAACCAAACCAGUAGAGGAGGGUGACUAUGAUGGUCUGGUAGAGUGUAUGGGUCAUCUGUUGGCUGUGAAGGACAGGCAGGCAUCCACAGAUGAGAUGUUUGAGCCACUGAAGCAAACCAUAGAACUGCUGAAGACAUAUGGACAGGAGCUUCCAGAGGAGGUCCAUGUACAGCUUCAGGAACUCCCAGAACAAUGGAACAACACAAAGAAGAUUGCCAUCACUGUCAAACAACAAGUUGCACCAUUGCAGUCCAAUGAAGUUGCCAACAUUAGGAAGAAGUGUGCAUCAUUUGAUGUACAACAACACACAUUCAGAGAGAACUUCAGGCAGAUAUCAGUGUACAGAUACAGCUGUGAAGACCCUUACACUGUGUUGGAUGAGUUCAACCAACAAAUCACAGACAUGGAGAAGGAGAUGGCUGCACUCCUGGAGUCUGCAGGCCUGUUUGAAGUCAAUGUACCAGAUUACAAACAGCUCAAACAAUGCAGAAAAGAAAUCUGCAUGCUCAAACAGCUAUGGGACUAUGUAUAUAUUGUGCGCACAAGUUUUGAUGACUGGAAAACUACUCCCUGGGUGGAAAUAAAUGUGGAACAGAUGGACAUGGACUGUAAAAGAUUUGCCAAAGAUAUCAGGGGAUUAGACAAAGAGAUGAGGGCAUGGGACACAUACUCUGGCGUAGAGGGCACUGUGAAGAACAUGUUGACAUCAUUGCGUGCAGUCAGUGAGUUGCAGAACCCAGCUAUCAGAGAGAGACAUUGGCAGCAACUUAUGCAGGCAACAGGCGUGAAAUUUGUCAUGGAUGAAGACACCACCCUGUCUGAUCUGCUGUCCCUCAACCUACACAACUUUGAGGAUGAGGUUCGUAACAUUGUGGACAAGGCUGUGAAGGAAAUGUCCAUGGAGAAAGUGCUGAAGGAGUUGGAUGUCACAUGGGCAACCAUGGAGUUUGAACACCAGAAACACAACAGAACUGGCAUUACCCUACUUGUGACCACAGAAGAAUUGAUUGAAACACUAGAAGAUAACCAGGUACAACUGCAGAACAUGCUCACAUCCAAAUAUAUUGCCCAUUUCUUGGAAGAAGUGUCAGGCUGGCAAAAGAAACUGUCCACUGCUGACCAGGUGAUAACCAUCUGGAUGGAGGUCCAGAGGACAUGGUCACAUCUGGAGAGUAUUUUCAUUGGUUCUGAAGAUAUCAGGAACCAACUGCCAGAGGAUUCUAAGAGAUUUGAUGGCAUUGAUACGGACUUCAAGGAAGUGGUAAAAGAGGUUGAAGGUACUCUGAAUUGUGUUGAGGCCACAAACAAACCAGGACUGUAUGACAAACUGGAAGUUAUCCAGGGGCAGCUGAUUCUCUGUGAGAAGGCACUGGCUGAAUAUUUGGAGACCAAACGUCUUGCCUUCCCAAGGUUUUACUUCGUGUCUUCUGCUGACUUGCUAGACAUUUUGUCCAAUGGCAAUCAACCAGAGUUGGUUGCGCGUCAUUUGACCAAGCUAUUUGACAGCAUGGCAGCACUAAAAUUCCAACAGGACUCUGAUGGUAACAACCUGAAGACUGGUGUAGGCAUGUUCAGUAAAGACGGAGAAUAUGUGGACUUUGACCAUGAGUGUGACUGCACUGGCCAGGUGGAGGUGUGGCUGAACAGGCUACUUGAUGUCCAGAGAACAACAGUGAGACAUGAGAUGACGGAGGCAGUGACUGCAUAUGAGGAGAAGGCACGUGAACAGUGGCUGUUUGACUUCCCUGCUCAGGUGGCCCUGUGUGGCACACAGAUCUGGUGGACAACUGAAGUGAACAUUGCAUUUGCCAGACUUGAGGAAGGCUAUGAGAAUGCUCUUAAAGAUUACAGCAAGAAACAGAUCCAACAGCUGAACACCCUGAUUACCAUGUUGAUUGGCUCCUUGACCAAGCAGGAACGUCAGAAGGUCAUGACCAUCUGUACUAUUGAUGUGCAUGCCCGUGAUGUCAUCACACAGAUGAUCACACAGAAAAUUGAGAGUGGACAGGCCUUCAAGUGGUUGUCUCAGCUACGUCAUCGCUGGGAUGAAGGACAUAAAGACUGCUUUGCUAACAUUUGUGAUGCUCAGUUCAGAUACUCCCAUGAGUAUCUCGGAAACACACCACGUUUAGUGAUUACACCCUUGACUGACAGAUGUUACAUCACCCUGACUCAGUCCCUUCACUUGGUGAUGAGUGGAGCCCCUGCUGGGCCUGCAGGAACUGGGAAGACAGAGACAACCAAGGAUUUGGGCAGAGCUCUGGGAAUCAUGGUCUAUGUGUUCAACUGCUCAGAACAGAUGGACUACAAGUCCUGUGGUAACAUCUACAAGGGUUUGGCCCAAUCUGGUGCAUGGGGUUGCUUUGACGAGUUCAACCGCAUCUCAGUAGAAGUGCUGUCUGUGGUGGCUGUCCAGGUGAAGAGUAUCCAGGAUGCCAUUAGGGACAAGAAGACCGUCUUUGAGUUCCAGGGAGAAACCAUCAGUCUCAUUGCCACUGUAGGCAUUUUCAUCACCAUGAACCCAGGUUAUGCUGGGCGCACUGAGCUGCCAGAGAAUCUCAAGGCUCUUUUCAGACCCUGUGCUAUGGUGGUUCCUGACUUUGAGCUGAUUUGUGAAAUUAUGUUGGUGGCAGAGGGUUUCCUUGAAGCUCGUUUGCUAGCCAGAAAGUUCAUCACCCUUUACACUCUGUGUAAAGAACUGCUUUCCAAACAGGACCAUUAUGAUUGGGGUCUGCGUGCUAUCAAAUCUGUACUGGUGGUGGCUGGUGCACUGAAGAGAGGUGAUCCUAACAGACCUGAAGAUCAGGUGUUGAUGAGAGCUUUGAGAGAUUUCAAUGUGCCAAAGAUUGUGACUGAUGACCUUCCUAUCUUCAUGGGUCUGAUUGGAGACUUGUUCCCAGCCUUGGAUGUACCCAGGAAGAGGGAUCCUGAAUUUGAGAAAGAAAUCAAACAGGCAACUUUGGACCUCAAACUGCAGCCUGAAGAUGGUUUCAUUCUCAAGGUUGUCCAGUUGCAAGAGUUGUUUGAUGUACGUCACUCUGUGUUCAUUGUGGGGAAUGCUGGUACAGGCAAGAGUCAAGUGUGGAAGACACUGAACAGAACAUUCAGGAACAAGGGCAAGAAGCCGAUUGCACAGGAUCUCAACCCUAAGGCAGUCACCAAUGAUGAGUUGUUUGGGAUCAUCAACCCUGCUACCAGAGAGUGGAAGGAUGGCUUGUUCUCUGUGAUCAUGCGUGACUUGGCCAAUUUGACUGGAGAUGGAAACAAGUGGAUUGUCCUGGAUGGUGACAUUGAUCCCAUGUGGAUUGAGUCACUGAACACUGUCAUGGAUGACAACAAGGUGUUGACACUGGCCAGUAAUGAGCGUAUUGCUCUGACCCCAAUGAUGAGGCUUCUGUUUGAAAUCAGUCACUUGAAAACAGCCACCCCUGCCACGGUAUCUAGAGCUGGUAUCCUGUUCAUCAAUCCUGCUGACUUGGGAUGGAAUCCGUUUGUGAGCAGUUGGAUUGAGACAAGAGAGGUGCAGUCUGAGAAAGCCAAUUUGAUGAUCUUAUUUGACAAGUACAUCCCAACCUGCCUGGAGGCCACACGGUCUCGCUUCAAGAAGAUCACCCCCAUUGCUGAGAUUAGUCACAUUCAGAUGUUGUGCUACCUACUUGAAGUGAUGCUGACACCAGAGAACACCCCACCUGACUGCCCCAAAGAGUUGUAUGAACUCUAUUUUGUCUUCUGCUGUAUCUGGGCCUUUGGAAGCUGCAUGUUCCAAGAUCAGCUCGUAGAUCAUCGUGUAGAGUUUACCAAAUGGUGGGUCACAGAGUUCAAAACCAUCAAGUUCCCCUCCCAGGGAACACUGUUUGAUUACUACAUUGACCCCGAGACCAAAAAGUUUGAACCAUGGACCAAGAAAGUGCCCCCAUUUGAAUUUGAUCCAGAGAUGCCUAUGCAGGCCACACUGGUGCACACAGCUGAGACAACGCGUAUCCGCUUCUUCAUGGACAUGCUGAUUGAGCAAGGCCGCCCAAUCAUGUUGGUGGGUACUGCAGGUACAGGAAAGACCGUACUGAUGAAUGACAAACUGAACUCUCUGGACACAGACAACUGGGUAGUAGCUAAUGUGCCCUUCAACUUCUACACCACCUCAGAGAUGUUGCAGAUUGUGCUUGAGAAGCCAUUGGAGAAGAAAGCAGGCAGGAAUUAUGGUCCACCAGGCAGCAAGAGGCUGGUGUACUUUAUUGAUGACAUGAACAUGCCAGAGGUGGAUCAGUACUUCACUGUGCAACCCCACACACUGAUCCGACAGCACUUGGACUACAAGCAUUGGUAUGACCGUGCCAAAUUGACACUGAAAGACAUCCAUAACACUCAAUAUGUGUCCUGCAUGAAUCCAACAUCUGGUAGCUUUACCAUCAACCCACGUCUGCAGCGUCAUUUCUGUGUGUUUGCCAUGAGCAACCCCAGCUCGGAAGCCUUGGGCACUAUCUACACCAGUAUUUUGUCUGGGCAUCUGAGUUUGAAUGGCUUCCCAGCAGUGAUACAGAAGUACGCACAGACCUUGGUCAACGGAGCUCUUGCCAUGCAUGCAAAAGUGGCCAGCAGUUUCUUGCCCACAGCCAUCAAAUUCCACUAUGUGUUCAAUUUGAGAGAUAUGUCAAACAUUUUCCAGGGAUUGCUGUUCUCUCAGCCAGACUGUAUCAAAACCACGCAGGAUUUUGUCCGUUUGUGGAUUCAUGAGUCCCAGCGUGUGUAUGGAGACAAGAUGAUUGAUGAGACAGAUAUGCAGAAUUUUGAAAAGAUCCAUAAAGAAAUUGUGAAAAAGUCCUUUGAGGAUGUGGACGAGGCUGCAGUGUUUGUGAAACCAUUGAUCUACUGCCACUUUGCAGCUGGCAUUGGUGAACCUAAAUACAUGAUGGUAGAAGAUUAUAACGUCCUGAACAAAACCCUGGUAGAAGCUCUAGACAGCUACAAUGAGCUCAAUGCUGCCAUGAACUUGGUGUUGUUUGAGGAUGCUAUCUCUCACAUCUGCCGCAUUAACCGUAUCUUGGAGUCCCCUCGUGGUAAUGCUCUGUUAGUUGGUGUUGGUGGUAGUGGCAAACAGAGCUUGUCUCGUAUAGCUGCCUUCAUUAGCAGUCUUGAAGUGUUCCAAGUGACCCUGAGAAAGGGCUAUGGCAUUGCUGACUUGAAAUUGGACUUGUCUGCCUUAUACAUGAAAGCUGGAGUGAAGAAUAUUGGCACAGUCUUCCUAAUGACUGAUGCACAGGUUGCUGAUGAGAAAUUCUUGGUGUUGAUCAAUGACUUGCUGGCCUCUGGUGAAAUCCCAGGCCUGUUCCCUGAUGAUGAAUUGGAAAACAUCAUCAAUGCUAUGAGACCUGAAGUGAAGGGACUUGGUCUUUUGGAUUCCAGAGAGAAUUGCUGGAAGUUCUUUAUCGACAGAGUCAGGAGGCAAUUAAAGGUUGUGCUGUGCUUCUCCCCUGUGGGUGCCACUAUUCGUGUCAGGGCACGCAAGUUCCCUGCAGUGGUGAACUGUACAUGCAUCGACUGGUUCCAUGACUGGCCUGAAGAAGCCUUGGUUUCUGUGUCUGCCCGCUUUAUGGAGGAAGUGGAGCUGCUUAGUCCUGAGAUGAGGGAGUCUAUUGCACAGUUCAUGGCAUAUGUGCAUAGAUCUGUGAAUGAAACCAGUGCUUUGUACCUGCAAAAUGAGAGGCGCUACAACUAUACCACUCCUAAGAGCUUCUUGGAACAAAUUGCUCUGUAUCGAAACUUGUUGAAAAUAAAAAACAGUGAACUCCAGGGUAAAAUCCAACGUCUGGAAAAUGGUCUAGAAAAACUAAGGAGCACAUCUGCACAGGUGGAUGACCUCAAGGCUAAACUUGCCGCACAAGAGGUGGAGCUAGCUCAGAAGAAUGAAGAUGCCAACAAACUGAUUGCUAUUGUUGGAGCAGAGACCACCAAAGUGUCCAAGGAGAAAGCCAUUGCCAGUGAAGAGGAAGCUAAAGUUGCUGUCAUCAAAGCUGAAGUAACCAAGAAACAGAUUGAUUGUGAAACUGAUCUGGCAAAGGCUGAACCUGCCUUAAUGGCUGCCCAGGAAGCCUUGAACACUCUGAACAAGAACAACCUGACUGAGCUGAAGUCAUUCGGCGCUCCUCCUGCAGCCUGUGUAAUGACAACAGCUGCUGUGAUGGUGCUAUUAGCACCUGGAGGCAAACUACCCAAAGACAGGAGCUGGAAAGCGGCAAAAACAAUGAUGGCCAAGGUUGAUGGUUUCUUGGAUCAACUAAUAAAUUAUGACAAAGAAAACAUCCCUGAAAGUUGCCUUAAAGCUGUGCAGGAGUACUUGGAUAAUCCAGAAUUUGACCCUGAUUUCAUCAGAAGUAAGUCCCAGGCCGCUGCUGGCUUGUGUGCUUGGGCCAUCAACAUUGUCAAUUUUUACAGAAUUUUCUGUGAUGUUGAACCAAAGAGAUUGGCCUUACAGGCGGCAAAUGCUGAGCUAGCAGCUGCAACAGAGAAGCUGAAUGGUAUCAUGGCCAAGAUUCAGCAACUAGAGGAAGCCAUGGCCAAGCUGACCGCAGAGUUUGAAAGAGCAACUAAUGAGAAGUUGAGGUGUCAGGAAGAGGCUGAUAAUACCAAUCGUACCAUUUCUUUGGCCAACCGACUGGUAGGUGGUCUGGCCUCUGAAAAUGUCCGUUGGGCUGAGUCAGUGAAAAAUUUUCAGGAGCAAGAAAAAACGCUGCCAGGUGAUGUCUUACUCAUCACAGCUUUUGUCUCUUACAUGGGUUGCUUCACCAAAAAGUACCGUGUUGAUCUAAUGGAUGGAAUGUGGCUUCCAUUCCUGAAAGGCCUCAAGAAUCCUAUCCCAAUAACACCAGAUCUUGAUCCACUCAGCAUGUUGACAGACUCUGCCCAGAUUGCAACAUGGAAUAACGAGGGCCUGCCAUCAGAUCGUAUGUCCACUGAGAAUGCCACCAUCUUGGCCAACUGCGAGCGUUGGCCCUUAAUGAUUGAUCCUCAGCUACAGGGAAUCAAGUGGAUCAAGACCAAGUAUGGAGAGGACCUGGUGGUUGUGAGAUUGGGACAGAAGGGUUACCUGGAUACUAUAGAGAGGGCAGUGUCCUCGGGCUUCACUGUUCUGCUGGAAAAUAUUGAAGAGACUGUUGAUCCGGUGUUGGAUGCUAUCCUGGGCCGUAACACCAUCAAGAAAGGAAGAGCCAUCAGGAUGGGUGACAAAGAAGUUGAGUACAAUCCCCAAUUUCGUCUGAUCAUUCAUACCAAACUUGCCAAUCCCCAUUACAAGCCAGAAAUGCAGGCCCAGACCACCCUGGUCAACUUCACUGUCACAAGGGACGGUCUGGAGGAUCAGUUGCUGGCAGGUGUUGUACGCAAAGAGAGACCAGAUCUGGAGAAACUCAAGUCUGAUUUGACCAAACAGCAGAACGAGUUCACUGUGACCCUCAAGGAGCUGGAAGACAACCUGCUUGCCCGCUUGUCUUCUGCUGGUGGUAACUUCCUGGGUGACACUGCUCUGGUGGAGAACUUGGAAACAACCAAGCGUACUGCUUCAGAAAUCGAGGAGAAAGUCAAGGAAGCUAAGGUGACAGAGGUCCAGAUUAACGAAGCUCGUGAACACUACCGACCUGCAGCUGCCCGUGCCUCCUUGCUGUAUUUCAUUAUGAACGACAUCUUCAAGAUUCACCCCAUGUACCAGUUCUCUCUCAAGGCCUUCAGUGUUGUGUUUGAAAAAGCCAUUGAGCGUGCUGAGCCAGCUGAAGAAGUGAAGCAGAGAGUAUUGAAUCUCAUAGACUGCAUCACCUAUUCCGUGUUCAUAUACACUACCCGUGGUCUAUUUGAGAAGGACAAGCUGAUCUUCACAGCACAGAUGACAUUCCAGAUCCUGCAAAUGAAGAAGGAGAUUAAUAAUGUGGAGCUUGACUUCUUGCUGCGUUAUCCUGCUGCUCCCAAUGUCACCACUCCUGUUGAUUUCCUCAACAACUUGGGCUGGGGUGGAAUUAAGGCAUUGUCUGCUAUGGAAGAUUUCCGAAACUUGGAUCGUGAUAUUGAGGGAUCAGCCAAGAGAUGGAAGAAAUUUGUGGAGAGUGAGUGCCCAGAAAAAGAGAAAUUCCCACAGGAAUGGAAGAACAAGACCUCUCUUCAAAAGCUGUGCAUGAUGAGGGCACUCAGGCCUGACCGUAUGUCUUAUGCUGUCACCAAUUUUGUGGAGGAAAAGCUUGGAAGCAAGUACACAGAAAACAAAUCUGUACCAUUCCCUAAAUCCUAUGAAGAGACUGGCCCUGGCACCCCGGUCUUCUUUAUCCUCUCACCUGGUGUAGAUCCACUGAAGGAUGUAGAAGCUUUGGGAAAGAAGAUUGGUUUCCAUGGUGAUAACCAUAACUUCCACAACAUCUCUCUUGGCCAGGGUCAGGAGAUUGUUGCAGAACAAGCCAUGGACUUGGCUGCGAAGGAAGGCCACUGGGUUGUCUUGCAGAAUGUCCAUUUGGUGGCUAAAUGGCUGUCCAACUUGGAAAAGAAGCUUGAGGAGUAUGGCUUGACUGGACAUGAGGCCUACCGUGUGUUCAUCAGUGCUGAACCUGCUGCUUCAGCAGAAUACCACAUCAUACCACAGGGCAUCUUGGAGUCUGCCAUCAAGAUCACCAAUGAGCCUCCUACUGGCAUGUUUGCCAACCUUCACAAAGCCUUGGAUAACUUUAACCAGGACACCUUGGAGAUGUGUGCUCGUGAAGCAGAGUUCAAGAGUAUCCUGUUUGCCCUGUGUUAUUUCCAUGCAGUGGUAUGUGAGCGCCGUAAGUUUGGUCCUCAGGGAUGGAACAGGUCUUACCCAUUCAACACAGGAGAUCUGACCAUCAGUGUCAAUGUGCUCUACAAUUACUUGGAAGCCAAUGCAAAGGUUCCAUGGGAAGAUCUGCGCUACCUGUUUGGUGAAAUUAUGUAUGGUGGUCACAUUACUGAUGACUGGGACCGUAAACUGUGUAGAACAUACCUGGAGGAGUACAUGCACCCAGACAUGCUUGAUGGCGAGCUGUACCUUGCUCCAGGCUUCCCCAUUCCACCCAACUCUGAUUACAAAGGUUACCAUGGCUAUAUUGAUGAGUGCCUGCCCCCAGAGAGUCCAUACUUGUAUGGUUUACAUCCCAAUGCUGAGAUUGAGUUCUUGACCACAAGAUCUGAGGUUCUGUUCAGGACUGUCUUUGAGAUGCAGCCGCGUGAUGCUGGUGGUGAUGGUGGUGGUGGUGGCACUCGUGAAGAAAAGAUCAAAGCCAUCUUGGAUGAGAUCGUAGACAAAUUACCAGAAGAAUUCAACAUGGUAGAAAUCAUGGCCAAGGUACCGGUGGAGGAGAGAACACCAUAUGUUGUUGUGGCUUUCCAAGAGUGUGAGCGCAUGAGUAUGUUGAUCAAAGAGAUUCGUAGAAGUCUGAAAGAGCUGGACUUGGGUCUCAAGGGAGAACUGACUAUAACAACAGACAUGGAAAACCUUGGUAAUUCCUUGUUUAUGGAUACAGUACCAGAUGCCUGGGCCAAGAGAGCUUAUCCAUCUUUAAUGGGUCUCACUCAGUGGUAUGCUGAUCUACUGUUGCGUGUCAAGGAGUUGGAAAGCUGGGUGUCAGACUUCCAGUUGCCUGCUGCAGUGUGGCUGGCUGGCUUCUUCAACCCUCAGUCCUUCCUGACUGCCAUUAUGCAGCAGAUGGCCCGUAAGAAUGAAUGGCCUCUAGAUAGGAUGUGUCUGCAGUGUGACGUCACCAAAAAGAGUCGAGAGGACAUGGGUGGCCCACCACGUGAAGGUGCCUACGUUCAUGGUCUCUUCAUGGAAGGUGCACGCUGGGACAGCCAGGCUGGCAUGAUUGCAGAGUCACGCUUGAAGGAACUUGCUCCUCCAGUGCCUGUCAUCUUUAUCAAGGCUAUCCCAGUAGACAGGCAGGACACCAGGAAUGUCUAUGAAUGUCCAGUGUACAAGACCAAAUUCCGUGGACCAACAUUUGUCUGGACCUUCAACCUUAAGACCAGAGAGAAGGCCAACAAGUGGGUGUUGGGAGGUGUGGCCUUGCUGUUGCAGGUCUAAAGAACUUGAGCAAAUGUUAUAUAGUUUGCAGUCAGUUUGAACUUUUUUGGGACAGCACUGAGCUUCCACUGGCUUUACAUUUUGCUCACAUGUUGAACUUUAUGAGAUAUCUGAUUGCGUCCAAGUUAUUUUUUUAUGACAUUCAGCACAUGACUAUAUUGAUAAAAAAUUUGCCUAUUAUAACUGUUACAGUAUUUAAGCUGUAGUUGUCUUUUCACAUUUUGUGAUUUCCAAUUGCAGUGCUCAGUUAACAUUAUUUUUUAAAUGCUGUUGUCUUUCCUCUUUAAAAAUGACAUAAAAAUAAAUUAUUUUCUUUAUUUUAAAGUAAAAACACUUCCGUCCUUAAAAAAAUCAGUAAGAUAACUUUAGAGAAUUUCUUAUUUCAUAAAUAUUUCCCUUGCUGUGAUAUUUUUGUAGUUCAAUAUUUUUAUUAUAUAUGAUACAAAAUGAUCUUGUUGAUAUGUAUUUGCAGUAUAUUUUAAACAGUACUAAUUGGUAUCGUCUUUGUUGAUGACACAUUAUGUUUUGCUUUGAAAAUAAAUUAUUUAACAAUCC